AUGCCAGCGACCACUUCCACCGAUCUCGCAGUCCAAGAGCCUCCCAAAGUCCACCCUGAUGCCGCCGAAAUCAUCCGUCAAAUCGAGUUCUACCUCUCCGACGACAACCUUCCCGGUGACGCCCAUCUGCUUGCCCGCACAGGUCCCACCGGUGAUGGCUGGGUCUCGAUCAACGAGCUCUUCGGCUUCAAGAAGAUGCGCAACUACAAACCGCGCACGCUCGCCAAACAAGCCCUCCUCAUGAGCGACAAGCUCAUCGUCAACGGCAAAUUCAUCCGCCGCAAGGAUCCUCUCACCGUCCCGCUGCACGUCACGCCAGCGAUCAACGAUGAUCGGGUGAAGUCUAAGCUGGUGAUUGACAAGCCGUGGUUGACGAAGGGGAUGUUGAAGCCGACGGGAUUUGAAGAAGGUGCCACCGAGGGACCUCUCAAGCCGGAGGAGUAUGCCGCGCAGAGGAAGUUGUUUGAUCCGGAGAUGGACUUCACCAUUCGGAUUGAGUAUGCGGUUACGAAGUACCUGUCCAAGCGGAAGAUGCAUCAGAAGACGGCGAACAUUUUCAUCAAGUUCUUGCUGUUUGGCGGGUUUGAUGGAGGACAGAAUAUGUUUACUGGAGGGCUGGAUGAGAAGGCAAUGGAGGAGUACGAUAAGGAUGAGAUUAUGCAGAUGAAGGUAUGCUGGUGACUUAUAUUGUCUUGGAGGAACUCACUGACUG